GUGUUUAUGAUGUGCAUCCCAGCAGCGCGUUCUCCCUCCCCUCGAGCGCGUGUGCAUGUGUGACGGCCAGAGCGUCACUGGUGCAUCCUUUAAACGUGUCACAACUUUUGAUGGAUUACUCCACCUCGGAGUGCUCAGGUGCGGCUCAGUCCUCUCCGUCCACUCGCUAGUGCCCGUCUCCCCAAAUCUGUCGAGACUCAAACGAGCGAAAGCAAAGUCAACAUGGUCUUAGUGUCGUUCUCGUGGGCGCACCUGUGUGGGCUCGCGUCCGCGGAGCUGCUGUCCACGCUGGUGGUGCUGAGCGCGCUCACGGUGAGUGGAACGAGCGCGGCCGCUACCGGCUGUCCGACGUGCGGUAUGCCAGAGAUGGAGAAGGGCACUGAGGAGCUUUACCUGGUCGAGAUGGCCAAACAGCAGAUCCUGAGCAAGCUUCACCUGCAGGAGAGGCCGAACAUCACGCAGACGUUACCGCGGGCCGCGCUCAUGACGGCGCUGCGCAAGCUCCACGCGGGCCGCGUCAGACAGGACGGAACGCUGGAGCUGGACAAUAACGUGCCCUUCUCGCGCACGAGCAACCAGGCGUACGAGAUCGUGAGCUUCGCUGAUGUCGAUGCUGAGGUUUCUUCCGGCACCGACACCAGUCUGUCGUUCCAGUUCCUGCAGGAGAAAGAUCACAGCAUCCAGGUGCUGCAGUCGUCGCUGUGGCUUUACGUGCGUCCGGCUGACACGCCUCAUCACGGCAGCCGCGUAAGCGCUGAGAUCUACCUCUCGGGGACGGCCGGAGCCAAUCGCACGCUGCUGCUCCAGAGGAGCGUGGAUGUGUCACGAGGCGGAUGGCACACGUUCCCGGUCACCAGCGCCCUGCAGGCCUUUCUGGACGGCGGUCAGCGGAGGCUCCGUCUAGAGGUGCACUGCGAAGACAGCGGACGAAACCUGUGCAGUCGCGAAGCAUCAGGCGAAUCCUCACAUCAGCCGUUCCUAGUUGCUCAAGUGCAGUUGCGUGACGAUGCCAACAAACACUUGCUGAGCAAACGCUCGCUGCGAUGCGGCGAAGACGUGAGCGUGUGCUGCAAAAAAGACUUGUACAUCAAGUUCCGUGACUUACAGUGGCAGGACUGGAUCAUAGCACCUGAGGGCUACCAUAUGAACUACUGCAUGGGACAGUGUCCGCAGCAUUUAUCCGGCUCGCCCGGCAUUGCCUCGUCCUUCCACGCCACCGUCUUCAGUCAACUGAAGGCCAACGGCAUCCACACGGCCGUGUCGUCCUGCUGCGUCCCCAUCCAGAGACGACCGCUCUCUAUGGUCUACUUCAACUCGCAGCACACCAUCGUGAAGACCGACGUCCCGGACAUGAUCGUCGAAUCCUGCGGGUGCACAUAAAGAACAAUUACAGGAGAGCACAAACCCUAACAGUACACCUCUUUAUCAGGAAGAUGCGAAAUAUUCUCUAAUCGUGGCUUUCUGUCGAAGCACAGCUGAUUGGUUAUGGGUUUUUAUAGAUGUUGAAACGCUCAGGGAAAUCAAAGCCACUGUAAAAGCCACGCUUUAGGCCUGACUCAGCAUGCUUACCCAACAUGACAGUAAACAUUUAGCUAUUGCCACACGUCCCAGAAAAGGCCUGGCAGAAGCUAAUGAAAGUGCUGCAUUAAUAUUCCUCUCACAUUAGUUCUCAAAGCUUACUUUAGACUGCAAGUGCAACUAAAUAUGCUUUCCUUUCAA